GACAGCGGGAAGAGAUAGAGGAAAAGGGGGGGUUAAAACACCUUCCAUUCCAACUUCAACUUUUGCAAUCAGAGCAGGAACUCUGUACUCUCAGAUAUUCGGCUUUUGUUCCUCCUCUGAUACAUAAGCUUCCCCUCCCCUCGCCCUGGUCCUUAAUUCAGUCGCCGCUCCAAUUCCCACCGACUACUCGGCUGGUAUGUUGAUAACUGCCUCACCCGAGGAAUUGCCCACCCCCGCCUCGAACCCUCCUUUGCCCAAUCACCACAACUACCCGCCCGCUCAACCAAUCGAAUACACCACCGACCAAAAUAGCGACUACUUCUUCCGUACUAACCCCAGUCAUCCACACUAUCCGGUUGGAUACGAGGGAAAGUUGACCUACGCCCCCCAAAUCCAGGAACAAGAUCCCGACCCGAACGUCAACGAUUUUGCGCAUCUUCCUCCCAAGCGCCAUGGGAACCUGGACGCCAUACCCGGUGCCGCCAUACCUGGUGAUGCGGGCCUGGGCCUCCACGUGUGCAGUAUCUGCGGGAGAAGAUUUGGACGUGAGACGGACCUGCCCGUCAUAAGGAGACGGUCAGAGAGCACAGUGAGCCGAGCGGGCCCGCUUGCACGGAGCCUGGGUGCAAGCAUCCCAGGAAAUUUACACGCGUCGACAACUUCAGAACGCAUUGCCGAAUGCAGCACCAGAAGACUGAUGCUGAGGUGGAUGCGUUCCUUAAAGCUUGGAAGGCCGGGAAGGUGGUGCGUUCUAAGUGAGGGAGAGGGGGGGGUUCUCUCUGUCUUUAGUACUGCUGCGGCUGUACUGUACACAGUACCGAGCCAGCUCUCCGGCAGGCUGUGCUAGCUGGUUACACAACGCUGUUAAACCACCACCUUCUCUUUCAUCUCUCCUUUUAUUUUAUUGUACAGUACAAGUACUUUCUUCCUUGCGCGGGACUUAUUUCGCAUUGCAUAUGCGCUGGCUUAUUUUUUUUCCGCUCCCCCCCUUUUAUUUUCGCCCGAUCAAUAAAGUUGAUUUUUCCUCC